AUGUCGAUCAUCACCAAAGUGCAGAAUUGGCGCCCUCUCCAGGCCAGCGUCGCUGGAGAACCCCCUCCCGCCGCGAUCAGACGACGGUCAAAUACAUUUUCUUCAAUAAACAGCCCCUCGAAUGACGAUGACGCUCCUCCGCGGCAAGUCAAGGCACCCGACACUCCCAAAAAGCAGAAGAAACGUCGGAAGAACACAAAUUAUUACCAUUACCCCGCAGGCGAGCAGACAACUCCCCGACGAUUUUCGACCGUCGCACCCACAAGUCCAGAAUCAAGGGCAAGCGAUAGCUCUGCGCCUCAAUCCCCGGUGGUUUCGUCUUUGAGUGCGACCGACUAUGCCUAUACAGAGGAGCCAGAGGUUGUUCCAGACGUUCCCUUGCCGUUGUUGGCAGCAGACGCCCUUGCUGCGACUGCGGCUAUCCUCCCAUUCGCCACCCCGCCGAUGCCCACUGUCACACCGACCAACACAGCUCCUGAGAUAGGGUACUUCCCACCCAUGGCAGCGGAAUCUGAUUCUCUACCAUCGACUGAAUCACAAUCAAAACCUUCCAACCAAGAAGAGUCCAACCCGCCACCGUCUGAUCAACUCAUAACACCUGGACUCAACCCAGUAGACGAUGUCAAGGAAGAGGAGCCGGAACCUUCAGAAUAUCUGCCGUUCAACCUUUCCGAGACUGGCAUCGUCCAUCUCCCUUCUUUACCGCCUUCGAAAGAGAACACUGAAGAUGACUCAUCCCGCGGUACUUCACGUUCUCCCUACUGGCCAGGCUCUGGUUCAGGCAGGCGUUCAACUCAUUCCUCGAACCCGGGUAGCUCAGACCAUAGGCGAAAAACCUCGAAGAGGGGAAAGAAAGGGUCGUCGAGAAGCCACGAGUUCACUUCCAGCCCCCUUCUGCAAACGGCCUCUCAACCUUAUUCCUCAAGCGGAGAGCAUGACGAUUCACAUUCCAGUCGGUUGAGCAUUAGCUCGGGAGAACACCAUAUGACUGUUCAGUUUGAACAUGUGGAAACAGAGGAUGGGCAUCAUGUUAUUAUGGGUCGUGAAGGGAAGCUCCAGCGGUGUGAAGAUGAGCCCAUCCGGACUCCUGGUGCGGUACAAGGAUUUGGGGUGCUCAUUGCGUUGGACGACCUGGAAGAUGUUUUGCUCGUUCGACAAGUCUCCGAGCAGACGACGAUAGCAACUCCCCUCAUGUCUUCCGCCUUUCUGGCUGGGGAGCACCUGGGUCAGCGCUUCCCGGUGAUCCCGACGCUGUCGAUGGACGGCGGACGUGGACUUGUUGGUGUGCAGCCCACCGUGCAGAAGGGUUCAUAUCUUCCCCAAGUACUUCGUCCGGCGCUUCGGAACCGCUGUUUACAGGGGGGGAAGUCCUCCCCCGCAUCCGGCCACACCAGUUCUGGAACCAGCGUUGGAACUCCGUCGGGCAUAUCGGACAAGUCCAAACCCAGCGGCAUUGAAGGCGAGGAAAGUUGGCUGCCAUCUGCGUCGAACAUACUCGAGAGUACCACUAGUUACUCUAAACCAAUCCCAGCGUUGGAGAGGCUGAGGCGCAUGUCUCGUCCUGCGUCAUCCUCAACUCCUCAAACUGGUACCCGCCGCGAUCGAAAGGGACGGAACAGACCGCCCAACGAACGGGGUGGCGCUGUAGGCAUGAUGGACGUCUUUGCAGUUAUGGCGCAGAUUAACGAGCAGAUUGGGGCUGCGCCUGACCUUGACACCUUUUUGAAGAUUGUUGUGGGUGUCAUAAAAGACUUGACACAGUUUCAUAGGGUUAUGAUCUAUCAGUUUGACGAGAUGUGGAAUGGGGAGGUCGUGGCGGAGCUUGUAGAUUGGGCACAGUCGCAUGAUUUAUUUAAGGGUUUGCAUUUCCCUUCUGGUGAUAUUCCAGCUCAGGCAAGGGCCCUAUAUGCCGUCAACAAAGUCCGGCUUCUGUAUGACCGGGCGCAACCAACUGCCCGCAUCGUCUGCAGGGCAAAGGAGGACCUCGAUACCCCGCUUGACAUGACACAUUGUUAUUUGCGGGCUAUGAGUCCUAUCCACGUCAAAUGUAUGCCUUUGGUUUGUAUUGCAUCCCCCGCUAAGACGAGCCCUCAGAUCUGGAAAACAUGGGAUCCGUCAAAUAUUGCGUCUUCUAAGCCAGUCGAUCUCGAGGAACAUCGAGCGGCUGAGUUAUGCGCAGAGGUUGCAUACGAGGAAGCUGGUCAACACUAUUACCUCGGAGCAGCAUCCGGUCUUUUCGAUGCUGAUUUUGGUAUCCUGGUGAUCGGUGAAGGGGCCAAAAUCCUUGGCCCGAACCAGCACGGUCAGGAGAUCCUGGUCGUUGCCGAGUAUCUGCGACUCAAGCAGUUCGACACCAUUCAAGCCUCGCAGUCUGUCAUCGCAGACUACCCAGAUCUGAAGUUGACGACAGGGCUGGAGGUCAUCGCUGGAUUGCUCUAUGUUCCCCUCUCCCGGGGUGGAGGCGAUUUCAUUGCCUUCUUGCGUCGUGGCCAGCCUCGCCAUGUGAACUGGGCUGGCAAGCCUCUCAAAGAAGGACAAAACGCGCCGUCCCUCGAGCCUCGCAAGUCUUUCAAGAUAUGGUCGGAGACUGUAGCCGGAAGGUGCAGGGCCUGGAACGACGAGCAGCUGGAGACAGCCGGAGUGUUAGCUCUCGUCUAUGGCAAGUUCAUCGAAGUGUGGAGGCAGAAGCAAACGGCGAUGCAGAGUACUAAAUUGGCAAAUCUCAUCCUGAACAAUGCGAGCCAUGAAGUGCGAACGCCGUUGAACCACAUAAUCAACUAUCUCGAGAUGGCCCUCAAUGGAUCUCUGGACCAGGAGACAAGAGAGAACCUGAGCCGCUCACAUGCUGCUUCAAAGAGCCUCCUCUUCACGAUCAAUGACCUGCUAGACCUCACCCGCAUCGAGAGUGGCAACGAAACAUCAUUCUAUGAACCUUUCAACAUCCAUUCGGCGAUUGAGGAGGCGACCUACGUUUACAAGGCUGAGGCGGACCGUCGUGGCCUGAACUUUACUCUGGAACUUCAAAGCAGUCCUUGCACCGUCAUCGGUGAUUCCAAGAAGAUCAAAACUGUCGUCCAGAACUUGACUGCGAAUGCUUUGAAAUACACGGCGAAAGGAUCUAUCACCGUCACGUGUACGACGUUCUGCGAGCCUGAAGGUCUUCGAGAUGAGGAUCAAAUCGUCGUGGAGAUUGUGGUCGCCGACACAGGGUGUGGUAUCGAAUCUGUCAAACUUGAAAGCAUCUUCCGCGAAUUCGAACAAGUAGAGUCUACAGAAGGCAAGAGCAACACUGAUGCUGGCGUAGGACUCGGCUUGGCCGUCGUGGCACGGAUAGUCGAACAGCUAGGAGGCCAACUACGGGUCGACUCUGUCGUGGACGAAGGCAGCCGGUUCUCGUUCUUAAUUCCACUCUCCCUUUCGAACCGCGUCGAUUCCGAAUACAACCAAUCGGAAGGGUCCUCUCAACGAUCGUCUGGGCGCUCGUCCCUUGCUCGGAGUGCAGGCUCUCCAGGAGCCGGAAGCGGCCACUCCAAUGACAUUGACACACUGGUGGACGUGCUUGCAUCCAACAAGCUAGUGGACGACAUCACCGAAGGACCGCCGCCUCGACGGAAUGGCUCCAAUGGCAGUUCAGGGUCUCGUCACGCACCUGGUACAUUCCCCGUUACAGGAUCCAAGUAUCCUGUUCGACCGGUCAAGAUUGACAACUUCGAGAAGGCAGCCGCCGCGUUUGCAAGUGGAUCGGGACCUGCGCCUCUACGAUCGCCCCCCGCUGAAAGGGAGCACCGGAAGGUGUUCGUCUCGUCUCCAUCACCGCAAGUGGAUGCCCCGCCACCCUCCCAGCCAGAAUCGCCAAAGCUUCGAGUUCUCAUUGUCGAGGACAAUGACAUCAAUAGGGUUAUCCUGGCAAAACGGCUGACGAUGAAGGGGCACACUGUGGUCAAUACCACUAAUGGUCAAGAAGGUUUGGAUAUGGUGAAGCGCGACCAAGCAUUCGAUGUAAUUUUCAUGGACAUACAAAUGCCAAUCCUGAAUGGCUUUGAAGCAACCGAGCAGAUCCGCCAAGUCGAGCCGCAGCCGUCCAUGCCAUCCCGGCCGUCUUGCAAGCUCAACGAUGGUCGUAUCCCGAUCUUUGCGGUGUCGGCGUCGUUGAAAGAGAGUCAGAGGGAUGAGUUGGCGGAACACGGGAUGGAUGGGUGGAUACUGAAGCCGAUUGAUUUUAAGAGGCUUAACACGAUCUUAAAAGGAUGGGGUAUAAUUGGGAGGAUGGAGGGUGGUUGCAUAGGCCUGAGAGUAAGAGUGGGAGUCGGAAGGAGCUAG